UAAGACCACGGCGCGGUGCCCGGGCGGUACGGGACGACCAUGUCCGAGCUGCGGGGACGGCGCGGCCUCCCGGCGAUGAGCGCCGUGGACGAUGACAUCCGCGAGGUGCUGGACGCGGGAGCGAGCGGCCGGUUUCUGGCUCGGGAGAUGCAGGCGAUUCUGUUGGCCGAGGCGGCCCGAUCCCGGCGGGUCCCGGGCCAGGCGUCGGCGCCGCCGCUGCACGACCCCCCCGGGCUGCUGGCCAUCCGCGAGCGCAUGUUCCACCACUACCUGACCCACUCGCCCAGGAUCCCGGUCCGCAUCAUGCGAGACAUCGAGGAACGCCGACGGCUGUUCGUGGAAGGCUGCCGGGCCCGGGAGGCGGCCUUCGACGCGGACCCCCCGGAGCUGCGCCCCGACGCGCUUGCCUUCACCCUGGCCCUGGCGGCCCAGCACGCCCGCGAGUGA